AUCUUUUAGACGUGACUCAUCCGGAAGUUUGUAAAAAUAAAAAAAGCUACAAUGAGUAAAAGAACCAACACUACUGCAACUGCACGGUUAAAGCAGGAUUAUAUGCGCAUCAUGAAAGAUCCUGUUCCAUAUGUCCAGGCAGUUCCCCUUGCAUCAAAUAUAUUAGAAUGGCACUAUGCCGUGGAGGGACCUGAAAAAUCCUUGUAUGAAGGUGGCUACUACCAUGGGAAGCUGGUCUUUCCACGUGAGUUCCCAUUCAAGCCCCCAAGCAUAUACAUGAUUACACCCAAUGGCAGAUUCAAGUGCAAUACUAGAUUAUGCUUAUCAAUAAGUGACUUUCAUCCUGACACUUGGAACCCUGCAUGGUCUGUUUCUACCAUCCUGACAGGGUUGCUUAGCUUCAUGUUGGAAAAAAGUCCUACCUUAGGUAGUAUAGAAACAUCAGAUUACACAAAAAGACAGUUGGCUGCCCAGAGCCUUCAUUUUAAUCUACAGGACAAACAAUUUGUUGACUGUUUUCCAAAUUUAGCUGAGGAGAUGAGGCAGACACUUAAGAAACGUGAAGAAGAAAUGGCUCGUAGCGCAGAAUUAAACAAUAGAUCUGUAAAUGCAGGGCUUGCAAAUUCUAGUUCAAGGGUCCAGGGUGUGAACGGAGCCAAUGAACAACAAGGACUUCUAAAUAGUGCACUCACUAACAUAUGUGUAAUCAUAGGAUUUGCUGCAUUCGCAUACACAGUCAAAUAUGUACUAAAAAAUAUAGUUGAAUAGUACUUGAUGAUUUUACAUAGACUAUUUCAACUAAGGCUAUCGUAACUAAGGCAUGUUGGGAGAAUUUAUUAUAAAUUAAAGCUGUAAAUCAAAACACAUGGUGUACAGGAAAUAAUAAUGCAAGUUCUCUAACUUAAAAGAAUUUCAUCCAAUGACAGACUUUAAAAAAUGGAUAGGAACUCCCCAUUGAGACACUCGUUUCAACAUAAAAAAGGUUCACAUAGUUACUCUCUGCCUGUGUACUAUUUGAAAGCUUAUGUCCUCAGAGGCAUACUUUUUUAUAUUCUUUGUUAUACUUUGCAGAGGUUUUGUGAUACAAAACAGUUAAAUCAUCAAGUAUUUUAAAAUAUUCUCUAUUAUCUGGCACCAUUUCUGAAGUGAGACCUCGAUUAGGAUUUAAACCCUGGACUUAGUGCAUAGUGUGCUGAAUCAUUACAUUGAAGGUGUUGUUUCCAAGUCUGCAUGACCCUGCAGUGGGAAUGCUAAAUUUAGGAAACAACGUCUGAGUGGA